AGUGCCAAGUGCCAAAUUGCAAGGAUUUUCAUGUAGAUACCUACUUUUCUAUUCUAAUGUACGUAACUCUUUAAAUAUUAAAUUAAGAAUAUAAAUAAAUCCACAUUGUUAAAAAUACCAACAUUUUUUAUAUCGCAAGAGAAUAUUUGGAAAUAAUGUCUACAAUGUGCGAACCAUUAACUUUGGCUAGGGAUGUAAAAAGAUCAAUAGAAUUAUUAGAGAAAUUACAGGCUAGUGGUGAUAUACCAUCUACAAAAUUGGCUGCACUUCAAAAAGUAUUGCAAAGCGAUUUUCUAAAUGCUGUAAGAGAAGUUUAUGAGCAUGUUUAUGAAACCGUGGAUAUUCAAGGUUCACAGGAUGUAAGAGCAUCAGCUACAGCGAAAGCAACUGUUGCCGCAUUUGCUGCAAGCGAAGGUCAUGCCCAUCCUAGAGUUGUUGAAUUACCUAAAACCGAGGAAGGACUUGGUUUUAACGUAAUGGGAGGUAAAGAACAAAAUUCGCCCAUUUAUAUAUCACGUAUUAUACCUGGAGGUGUAGCUGAUCGACAUGGUGGUUUAAAAAGAGGAGAUCAACUUUUGUCUGUAAAUGGUGUUUCAGUGGAAGGAGAAAACCACGAAAAAGCCGUUGAAUUGUUAAAACAAGCUGUAGGCUCAGUAAAAUUGGUUGUUAGAUAUACACCAAAAGUUUUGGAGGAAAUGGAAUUACGCUUUGACAAGCAAAGAACCGCUCGCCGACGUCAGUAUUAAAUUUUUCAUAACUCGUAUCGCUUAACACAUUUAUCAUCAUUGGCGUAAGAAUCUUGAAUUCUAAAGUGUUCAUUUAAUGUUUUAAAUAUUUUUUAUAUUAUCUUCUAUUCUAAGAAAAUUGAAUGUUAUUGUCUUUUUUCAAUAUUUGUGUAAGAAAAAUUUAAUAAACUUUUCUUACCGGAUAUAUAAAUAAAAAAGUAGCAAGAAGGUGAAAAAAUAACUCUACAUAAUCUUGCUUUUUUGUUUUGUUUUGAAUUUGCUUAUGUAUUUAUCAACAUAUAUUUUUUAAUGUUAAUUAUUAGAAUCACCAAAUCAUUGAAUGAUCAAAAUUAUAAUUUUAAUUUGAUUAUGUAUUAUUAAAUGUUUGUUUAUCAAAACUAUGCUAAAUUCUUUUAUAAAUUUAUUUUUUGUAAAAAAUUUUAACAUUUCUCUUCCUUAGAUUUUUGAACAUUUAGUGGAUGUUAAAAUCUUUCAAAGUAUAUCAUGACAAACAGCAUUAACAGAAAUCUAAAUUUUG